AUGUUAGGUAUAAAGUGGCCUCAAGAUCCGAUGUACAAUCAGUACAGACUCACUAUCCAAACAUCAAUCAUCAAGGAUUCCAAGACGACCACGAUGAGAACACUGGUCGUGCUUGCCCUACUGGGUUGCUUACUAGCUGUGUGUUCAGGACAUGAAUCUGAUCAACAAGAAGGUGACUUAGCCGUCGCGGCGACGGGGCACAAAGGCGGCCAUCAUCAUGAGGAAGGCGGGGGCAAGGAACACCACGGCCACCACCAUCAUGAACACGGCCAUAAAGAAUCUAAGGGACAUAAAGGGCAUCACCAUCACCAUAAAGGUGAACAUGGCGAUCAUCACAAGCAUCAUCAUGCCGGACAUCAUCAUGAACAUGGAGGUGGUCAUAAGAAGCACUGGGAUGAAGACGAACACCACGGUCAUCACCAUGAGCAUGGACAUCAUCACAAGGGAGGCAAGCAUCACCACAAGAAACAUCACGACAAAGGCGAGGAAACCGAAGGAUACCAUAAGAAGUAUCAUAAGGACGAAUUCCACAAGGAUCACCACUUCUACGACGACCAUCACAAAGGAGGCAAGCAUCACAAGCACGGACAUCAUCAUGGACACCACGGCGAACAUGGCGGUCAUCACAAGAAAGGUGGUCAUCAUCACUCCGGCCAUCACGAGCACCAUCACGGCAAGGGUGGUCAUCACGAUAAGCACCAUCAUGAUGAAGAUCACAAAGGCCACAAGGGACAUUCUGGACAUGAAGAACACCAUCAUCAUCACGACGAUCACGGCAAGAAGGGUGGACACGAGGGCCACAAGCAUUGGGGAUUCCAUCACGGAAAGCACUGA